CUAUCUCAUAAUGACUUGAAAUGGCUGUUCUGAAAGCACGGAAUCGCCAGCUUCAUGCGUUUACAUUUGAUCUCAGCUGCGUUCACGUGCAGCUGUUAGAUGCAUUGGCUGCUGUCACGAUGACGACUGUUAUCCAUUGGUUUGCCACGUUAAGAAGUUGAUAUAAAAGAUGUUAAUUGAAAUUAAAAAUCGCCAGGAGGACUUCACCCGUACAUCAACUGUGAAAUCAUUAAUCACAUUUCGUAUUGUUUAUAUGGUACCGAGGGACCACGUGUGUUGCUGCAGGAGGUGAGUAAGACGCGAGCCUAGCGCGAGGGUUGAGCAGAAUAGGAAUGAGAGCGUGGCGAGAGAAGAUACACAAGGAGCAACAGACGGGCAGGGCGUUCCUUCACCUGAAAGAAACCGAGAGCGAUCACGACAAAGGAGUCCCUCAAUGGACAAAUAACCAGAAGUCUGGCAAUAUAUUGUGAUCAACUGGGAAGUGGUUUUAGAGGUUCAAUCCAAGGGUGAAUAUAUUUUUCAUCUGGUUUUGUUUCAUAGCCCAAAACAUAAGUUCAACUAGCUUAUUUGUUUUUUUAAUUGAAUUUCACGACGGCUGGAAUUGACGGGUAAACAUAGGCUAAGUCAAAAAACGGAAACAUUUUCGUGAGAUUAUAGAACACACGGUAAGACACACAGCCGCAAUUCGCAGUUUAUAGUCACCACAUGUAUGGAUUUUCCUUCACAGCGACUGAAUCAGACUAUUUGGAUUCUUUGAGUUGAAAAUGAAUGCAGUGCCAUCGUGCAAUUGACUGGGAAUGUGAACCAAACAAAAGUUCAAGAAAUAACGCGAAUAAGUAUGAUUUGAAUAUUAAGAAGAACACUUGAUGCAGUCUCGGUAAACCACAUGUGUUCAUUUUAAUAUCAAGUUUGAAAAUGUGAUCGCGCUGAGGUUCUGCAUUGACGAAGAACAGGCAGACACAGUACACCUGCUACGGUAUUCAAGGUUCAGUAUCUCUGGAUGAAGCAAUUGUUCCCUUUCCCUCUACACGAAAAAAAGGCUGGAUCCAGACUGGAUUUCGCCUCAUGGACUUGAGCUUCCAUAACCAUUACAACAAGUGGAGGAAAGUUGAGGUCUGAUUACUAAAGCAUACUAUAUGAAGAUCGCGACAGAAGUGUCGGCUUUUGCUCGCAGAAAUGCCUAUGCAUCCCGUGACCUCAACUUUAAUGUACAGGGGAAUUUGCACUAUUCCAGAUAUCCUUUCGUACCGGCCACCCGUAAACCUCCCCGAGGACGAAGUGGAGGAGAUACGCGAAGCCUUCAAGGUGUUUGACCGCGAUGGCAACGGCUUCAUCUCCAAGCAGGAGCUCGGCAUGGCCAUGCGCUCCCUGGGUUACAUGCCCAACGAGGUGGAGCUGGAGGUCAUCAUUCAGAGACUGGACAUGGAUGGUGACGGUCAAGUUGAUUUUGAGGAAUUUGUCACUCUCCUCGGACCGAAACUGACAGCGGCUGGAAUGCCUGACAAAUUCAACGGAACGGACUUUGACUCCGUGUUCUGGAAGUGUGACAUGCAGAAACUGACCGUGGAGGAGCUGAAGAGGCUUCUGUACGACACGUUCUGCGAUCACCUGUCCAUGAAGGACAUCGAGAACAUAAUCAUGACAGAGGAGAACCACAUCGAGAACCCGGAGGAGUGUCAGGUGGACAUCGACACCAGCCCCACGCCGCAGGUAAAGCAGACGUGCGUGAGGAAGAGCCUGAUCUGCGCCUUCGCCAUCGCGUUCAUCAUCAGCGUAAUGCUCAUCGCGGCCAAUCAGGUCCUGCGCAGCGGCAUGAAGUAGGAGGGCCCCAUCCGGUGGCCCCGCCUUCAACCCAACCGGACAAACUGGCGAGGGCCACUCCCCUCUUCCCCACCCCACCACACCUCCCCCCUCCCCCCCUCUGCCUUUACCCAAUCAGUGACCAAGAGGAUUGGCCAAAGCAAUGGCGACGAGAGGAGGGACUCGUGGGCAGCCCAGUAGCACUGUCAUCCUCCCCCUUACACUAUCGCCCAAUCAGGCGAGGGGGGAGGGAUGCAUGAAAUCCUGGCAGAGGCCUUUCAACUCGAUGCAUGAAAUGCAUGGAUUUACAGUCAUCUCCACACAACAGUCGCCCUCCAUUUGUAGAAAUUACUAUCCAUAUAUAUAUAUAUGUAUAUAUAUAUAUAUAUAUAUAUGAAUAUAAAUAUAAAUAUAUACAGCUAUAUAACUGAGGAUUAUAACUUACUUAUGAAACAACUGUGAUCAGUGGUGUACGCAUUGGGACUUGGAAAAAGGAAACGGAAGAGGAGGAAGAAUUUGGAGCUUCUCUGGGGAUUUGAGGUAGGGCUGGGGAUCAGGGUGGUGGGGGGGAGAAGGGAGCGUCAACAAAGAAUGAACAAAAGAAAAAGAGCAGAAAAUAUAAACUGCAAGGGCAUCCUGUAAGGGCUGUUAAAGACAUAAUCGUGGUCCUAGGAGCAACUGUCACCCGCGGUAACAUGGGUCGCUCAUCGCACUCUGUAACAAUAAUCCGUCGUCCCGACAACGAGGGCAUUUAUAACUCAUUAAUGAUGCAUUAGAAAUAGCUGCAAAACAGUAAUUGAGCACACUGCAAUCAUUUCCAUAUUUCACAGACCACUGCUUUGGAGGCAUUGGCUAUUAAAAAAAAAAAAUUAAAAAAAAAAUACACACACAAAAAAAAAAAAAAACCCACCAGCAAUAAAAAAUAAAUAAAUAUAUAUAUAAAUAACGAUUUACAAAGAAACAAAUCGGUGUCUCUGGAACGCGCCGUGCCUGCGGAUGGCACCCGAAAGAUCACUGGUAGUUAAUCCGAACGCAUCGCGGACGGUGGUGAAUAAAUCACAUUUCUAUAUAGCGCGUACAGCAUUAACCUGGCAGCUUUAAUCCAAACGGCUGCCAACGGAAAGAGCUUUACGAAGAAGCGCGGAGUGAAAUUAACAAGCGAUUUGCGGGAGGGCCUCUCGUGCCCCCUCUGUCGACAUGAAGCCGUGCCGGUGAGUCAGUGGGGGGUUUGGCUGUGGGUUAAAUCCAUGGCACUCUGCAGAGUAGGCAAUCUAGCCCUGUAAUUACAUUGUAAUUACUUUGAAACUAUUCAGUAACUCCGGUUUACGUAUCCUUGGACGGCAUUAAUUGUGGAACGCACGUCUGUGCUUCACGGAUUACCUGACCGAGCGUAGCCCGGUCCUUAACCUGCGGUCUAAUCCAGCUUCUGUCCUCUACCCAACCUCUAUUACCCACACUGUAAACAUAACCAAUCUUGACCAUUACAUCAUAUAUAUACAAGGUACAGUAAGCUCCAAAGUGGUUCAUACCCUUGAUAAAAAUUAAAAAAAAAAGACUGUAUAAAACAUAUAAUACAAGUAGUCAGCUGUAUUUUAAUUCUCAAACACGGGGGGAGAGGAAUUCUGCUUAAAUAAUGAUUAGAAGAAAAGAUCAGUUUGCUGCCAGGUUUCAGUUUCCCAUGCAGAGGAAGCCAAGUUUUUGGCCAAAAUGUCUCUGGCACCUGCUGGAGUACAACAGCCCCCAAGAACCGCAGGACCAGCCAAUGCCCCUUUCUCUGGAAACCCUUCCAAAAAAAGGCCUUUGGCAGCGAGGGGGCAUCUCAUUAUAGAUUUACAGACUUUAUGUCCCUAAGAUGUAAGCACUUUUUUCUUUUGUGGAUCUCAAACUCUGGUUUUUCUUUGCUUCCCCCAAACCACCUGCCUCACUGUACAUGGAGGCAAGCUAUACCUGAACCCUCUGCCAGGACGGUUCCAGUGUUUCAAAACUUUAUUUUUAAACUUUUUGAUUCAUUUGUAACUGUUUCCCGAUAACCAUUUAGCUUGUUUCUCCCGAGAAUUCUUCUGUUCAAAUGCCUUUCACCAGAGUAAUGGAUGGCACAUUGGAUAUUUCAUUUUUAUAGCCUAGUGAAACAGGAAAGGAGGCCACAAUAAAGUUCAUUAAGCUUAAAAUUAACCCAAAGUAGCAUGUUAAAUGUGGAUAUUUGUUUUAUUAGAUUUAUUAAAAAAUCAAUUAUUAUGGGUUUAAAUAAUUUUCACAUUUCUUUUUGGAAAAAAUUUAAACUUAUUUAAAGAGCUGUAUUAUAUAAAAUACAGCUCAUUAAUUCUAUUGUUUCUUUUAUACAGCCUUCUUUGCUCAUGUUUAUCAAGGGUGUGAAACAUUUUGGAGGGAAAUAUAUCUAACAAUGUGCAGAUACACUCCAGCUACACAGUUAUAACUUAUGUAACCACAGUGUAAUUACAUUGAUGUUUUGCCUACAUAGUGAAGCGUGAUUCAACAAGGCAUAGCCAAUAUCAAAAAUACAGAGCAUAAGAUUUAGAGGAUAAAACUGAAAUGAAAUUGUUGAAGGGACAGUUCACUCACUGGGUUUAAAAAUAAAAAACAUUAUUUUUGUUUUUAAUUGGUGAAGACGAAUAAAUAGAGCAGUUUAUGAUGAUUUGCUGGCUUUAUAAAUGGCUGGUAUAGGGAAUUUUACCCUAAAACAAGAAAACACACUUUUAGUAACUCCAAACCAGCUUGUACAGUGAUGUUAUGCUUCCAGAGGCCAUAGAUAAGAACAUAUUAAUUUCAAAACUUGUAUUCACAAUAAACAGUCCGGUACAUUGUGCCGGUACUUCUUUCCUGAAACACAGUGGUCUCAGGAUGCAUACGCCACAGGAAGUAGUUCCAGCCAAAAUACAGUAAUAUAAGACAUCAGAUUUGAAUAAUAAAUCAAGCUUUAAAUCACAAAGGCCCACAUGCCCUGUACCUGCCAUCAUAAAUGUAAAAUAUCCUUGAUCACACACAAAGAAUGACCUGGGCCAAUCAAAAACAGAACAGGCACUUUAAAUGAAAUAUCAAAAACCCCGGGAAGUGAACUGUCCCAUUAAGCAUACUGAUUACAGGUGAAUUCAGUCGAUGGAUGUUUGUUGAUACAUGCAUUUUGUUCCCGUUUUCUAUAACAUUGGUAAGUUUCACAAUGGGCUGGGGGGGGGGGCGGAUCGCGGAACAGGGGUUUCACCGGAUUAAUUUUUCGAUUUGCAACGGAGAGAACAUGAGGUAGCUUAGCGUCGCAAAAAGGAGCAAAACUCUGCCAUCCAAAGAGGGUUAUAUUUAUUGAACCUACACACAUCCAUAUCGCUGGGAGCCUAUGCACAGAUACGCAGUAAUGAUGCGCCAAUGAGCUAUUGCAAUAGACUUUGUGCACCACUUUGCUUGUCUGCAGUAGACCCCUUUUCGUUUUAAAACCACUGUGCCAGCCCUUACGAAAAAAUAAAUUAAAUAAACUCACAUGUGAAAUUUGCCUUUUCGUGUGUGAAAUCACAUAUUUCAUGUGUGACUAACAUUUUCACAUGUGAAUAUUUUUUCAAUAUGAAAAAGAAAAUGUCACAUGUGAACUGAACAUUUCAACAUUUGCAAUUGGUUUUUUUCACGUGAAUGGAAAUUUCCACAUGUGAAAAGAAAAUAGGUCUCAUUGCCGUCUUCUCAUUUUCACAUGACUUUAAAAAUGUAAACUACAAUUUUCACGUGAAAACAAAACAUGCAACUUAGUAUAGAUUAUCUUAUAGGAAAUAAGUAUACGUUACCUUUUUCCACUGUCAUGUUAUAACUGGGAUUGUUCUUACUGUUCACAUGUGUACUCGUCACAUGUUGGGCAUUCACAUGUGGUUUUUUAACACGUGGUUUUUUCGUAAGGGAGUCUUCAUAUCAGAAUGGAAGGUCAGAGCACCCCACACAAGCAGGGCGUCGAUCCCGUAAAAUUGUCACCAUUAUUGAAUAUUGGGCUGAAGGACACGGGUAAACACAAUCUGUCACCCGGGUCCAAUGUGGGGGAAAGGGUUGCAAUCUAAACUGACCAGCACAGAAAUGGGUUUACUUAAAAGGGUUUCUGAUUGAACGCAUAACAUCAUCAGACAGGCCUGCAGGCAGUCCCUCAUCCCCACAAGUCCUUUUGCCCAAGCACCCAUCGACUGUAAACCCCCCCCCCCCCCUCCCCAAAGCGUUACAAACACGCAGCAUUAUGCAUUUUAGCAUAUGUGCUAAUGUUUGGCAUAAAUAUGAUAUUUCCUAAAAUGGAGAUGGGGUAGCUCUGUGACUGCAAUAUUCAGAAUGUAUGACGAGAACGUAUCUGGUGCCUCCUUGGCAUUUUUUGGAAAAAAAAAACAUGUGAAGGGUAGAGAGCACUGGAUAGCAUAUGUUAUCAUAAUCAUAAUCAAUAGCUUUGUUUUUUUUUAUCAUCGCACAAAAGAGUUCUGUGGUGCACAGUAUAGAUUGUCUUCUUCACACGGGUCUUUUUCACGUCAUCGUUAAAAUUUCUCCUUUUACACUUUUUAUUUAUUAAUUAUAUCAAAAUAGUAUUUGAGUAUGAUUUAGAUAGAAAUUAUAUAUUUUGCAAACUUGCUUUUUUAACUCACAAAUGUUAUUUAACAAAAAUGAUAUAAAAUAGUCAAUGUUACUUUAAAGUUAUAAAAAGUAUUGUUAUCCUCAAAAAGGAUUGUACCUGAGAUAAUAUGAUUGUUGGAGAUAGAAAGCAUUUGAAUGUUGCUUCAUGACAGGUUAUGUCGCCUUACUGUAUGUAGUUCACUUUACGACACCCUAAGUGUUUACACGUAGUAAUUUCCCAUGGAAUGUCAUUUGUGCAAAAAAAAAAAAGCAAAAAUACUAAUAUUACCCCACAUUGUGUGACAACAUUGACCAAACAAAUGUAUUAUUUUAUUGAUAAUGUUGAGAAAAAAAAUAUAAAAAAUAAUAUUUUGAAAUGUUAAUCAAACCUACUUCCAAAUGUGCCAGGUUCAACAUCUGUUUCCUGCUAUGUUUCUGAACCUUGAAAAUGAUGUUAUAUAAUAUAUCAAACAUGUUUGAACCACCCUGUGAAAAAAUGUUGAUUGAACAUUGGAAAUGUACCUCUCUGUAAGUUCAAAAAUGUCUGUGGGAUGAUACUUCACAUAAAUAAAAGUAACAUGCAACCAGCA